AGUUGAAUAAAUACAAUAAUAAUAGUUAAGUACGUAAAUUAGCCGUAAAUAAUAGUAAUAAUGCCUACAGAAAUUGAGAAUAUAAAUCCAAGCGUUUAUGGCAAGAUCAAGGAGCGCUUGAUAACAGCUAACGAAGAGAACGACAGCGUUGCCGAUCCUUUUGACAAACGUGAGAUCUUUGAUCUCAUACGAAACAUCAAUGAUCCUGAGCACCCGCUCACAUUAGAAGAGCUGCAUGUCGUACAAGAGGAACUCAUUAGCAUCAGUGACAAACAGAAUUCGGUACACAUCAACUUUACGCCCACGAUUCCCCAUUGUUCGAUGGCGACGUUGAUAGGUCUCUCCAUACGGGUGAAGCUGUUGCGAUCACUGCCUCCGCGCUUCAAGGUCACCGUCGAGAUAACGCCGGGCACGCACGCCUCCGAGUUCGCUGUGAACAAGCAGCUAGCAGACAAGGAACGGGUCGCUGCAGCACUGGAGAACAAGCAUCUAGCCGAAGUCAUAAAUCAAUGCAUUUCGGCCAAGGGUUAACUUCGUUUCUGUAUUUCUUUGUUUUAAUAGAAAAUAUAUUAUAUUUUAGCAUAUACAUAUGCUU